GUUUGCUCCCACUAAGAGCAGAACAUGGCCUCCUUUGCCCACCUCUUUGACGGAGACGGUCGGUGGGGGUCCCCCGCUGCUCUGGGGCCCGCCCAGAGCCCGACCGCCGACGGUAAAGCCGCUGUUCUGCACCACCCCACGGGGAAGACAAACCGCUCCGACGCGCCAGAUGACGAGCCCCAGCCUAAGCGGGCUAAGAUGGCCCUGUCCUGUUCGGAGUGUAAGCGGCGCAAGAUCAAAUGCGAUAGGAACGUCCCCUGUACGGCCUGCUUGAAAAGGGGCGCCGGCGACGCAUGUAACUGGGACAACGCGCGCAUCGAGCCCGCGCCACAGCCUUUUGCCUUGAGCUCUGAGAUGCGCGAUGUGCAGGCGCGGUUGCGCGCCGUCGAAGACGCUGUUCUCGCCCUGCGGCAGGGCAGCAGCGGCGGCAGCAGUGUCGACUUUAUCGACAGCGAGGUAGCGGCCAAGCGGACUCCAACUGCUGUCGCUGGUGCUAGUCUUAAUGCUCCUGGCAGUGGUGCCCCGGAUGCUAAUGGUAGCGCGACGCGGGCUCCUGUAGCUGCGAGUACUGCUACGAGUACUGCUGCUGCUGCUGCCACGGGUACUGCUGCACCGGCUACUGCCGCGGCUCCUGUAGGAUCAACAACCUCGGAUGAAGGGCUUUCACUUGCUCUGCAUGAUCCUGCCGAGGACGCGGCAGUCACGCUGGAGAGCAUCGCGUUCAACCCGCCUGGCAGCGGGCCUCGGCGGUCGGUCAUUGCUCACGAGUACUGGCGCGGAAGCGUGUUGACCCCGUCGUCUGAAGGAACGAUGAUGGGUGCAGACCACGGUGGUGAUCGCGUCGUCGAUCUCGAGCUCACCGCGGCCCGUACGAGCAUCAUCUCGCCGCCCUGGGAUGCCUCGCUGGCGCGGUACAAUCCCAUCCUCAUGGGCGUGGGGAGUAUCGAUGGCGGCACCUUUGAGGAGCUGCAGAUGCAUAGGGCGACCCUGUUGCAGGGGCUGCUCGGUGCCUUGCCCACCGUGCGCCAGAGCUAUUAUCUUGCCGCCCAGUAUUAUGAUACCGUCCACUGGCGGUCGAACGUCUUGCAUUGGCCUUCCUUCCAGGCAGAGCUCGACCGCUUCUGGGAUAUGGUCCAGCAGGGCCGCCACGGCGAGAUUGACCCCCUCUGGCUCGCCGUCUUCUACAUGGUCAUGGCCUUGGCUCUCGAUAACCGGCCUGCAGCCAUCGAUCCCAGCCAUCCCUUCCACGCCGAGUCGCUGCAGGGCCUAGACGAGCUGACCAGCAAGUAUCACGCCGUCAGUGUCCGUGCUCUCUAUCUAGGCGAUGCUAUGACGAGUCCACGUUUGCGAACUAUCCAAACCGUCAUCCUUUUCAACCAGUUCUUCCAGACUUCCGGGCGAAAGGCAGAUAUGCUCCUUACCUGGACAGCCCUGGCCAUCCGCACAGCGCAGGUAAUGGGACUGCACGUCUUGGGUAGUGAUCCUGAAAGGAUGCCCCCCGACGACCCGGCAUGGCCGCCCGGGAAGAACGCCGUUAAACGCCAUCUUGCCCUGCGCACCUGGACGGCCCUCCAGUGGGUCGACUGGAUGGGCGCCAGCGCACGGUUCCGCAGCUACAUGAUCCAUCCGGAACAGUGCACGUCCCAGCCCGUUGCCAACGUCAACGACGGCGAUCUCUCGUCGACGGACUGGCGCUUCACGACGCAACCGGCGCGCGUGGCUACCUCCAACUCCUUCGAGGUGUAUAAAUGGCAUAUUGCAGAUAUGCUCCGGCAGACCUACGACCGACUGAUCACCCAUGUCGAUCGGUUUUCCUAUGCAGGAGUGCUGCAUCUGGAUGCUGGAUACCGCAAGAUCGAAGAGGAUCUGCCUGAUGCAUACCGAUACGAACAAGAGGGCGAGGAUUUGAAAGUCCGCUGGCAACGAAAUGUCGCUCUGGAAGGGAUCCACUCGCGCAUCGUCCGCCUGCACCGCCCGUUCCUUUCCAGAGGAUACGCCCGCGAGUCGAAAUGUGUGUACUCGCGAGAGCAAUGUUUACGGUCCGCGCGGAUCGUGGUGGACUGUCACUACAACCUGCGCGACCUGACCACGCGGGGGACGUUCUGGUUUGUCUAUUCGCAUACGCUUGGCGCCGCGCUGGUCCUUUUCCUCGACCUCUUUUGGUCGAUUGACAACCACAUGCCUCCGGCCGAGAUCAACGAGCGGAUGAGCGUGAUCGCAAUGGUACACGACAUCUUCUCCAUGUACAGCGAGAUCAGCAACUCGUCGUUACGGAACAUCGUCGAGUCUGCGUUCCGCAUCAUCAGCGACCUGUCAAGCGAGGCGAGAAACAGACAAACCGUCGAAGGCGUCAAGCCGCCCUUCGCCGAGAUCCUGAAGCGCGUCGCCCGCAAGGUCUCGCUGGACAGCGCAUCACAGACGCAGCCUGCCGUGACUCUUCCGCCACAGCCUCUCUCGCUCGAUGCAUGGAAUCUGCCCAUGCCGCAGGAGGCUUUGAAUUCAGGGUUCUACUCUGCUUUGGGUGUGCAGAACCAUGAAACGAUGGAUGAUCCGUCGUUCGCGAAUCUAUGGACCUUGAAUUACUCGCCGUCGCAGGACUCACCGAACGAUAGUCUGUCCUUUCUCAAUGUGGCCCAGCCGAGGGAUAACUAUGAGCUGUGGAGGUUUUUGGCAGGAUGAUGCAUCAUGAUUGCGGAUGACUAUGAUACCAUUUCAUAUUAAUACUUUGAUUCUCUUAUCUAUAGUCUAUAUAAAUAAUUGUAAAUAGUUGCAAAGUGGCUACUGUCACACGAAGCAAGGGGUGACCUCACAUCAAAACACUUGUAUAGAAAGUAU